AUGUUCAGCAAUGUUGUUUCGGGGAUCAAAGGCAGUCAAAAAUUACAAAUGGCAUCAAAGAGAGCAACAGGUGGUCUCGGUAACAAGUUCAGAAUUUCUUCUGCUUUGCCAACAACAGCAGUCAUGAACUGUGCUGAUAACAGUGGUGCAAAGAACUUGUACGUCAUUGCUGUCAAUCAAACUCAAGGUAGAUUGAACAGAUUGCCAGCUGCUGGUGUCGGAGACAUGGUCAUGGCUACUGUCAAGAAGGGUAAGCCAGAACUCAGAAAGAAGGUCAUGCCUGCAGUCGUUAUUAGACAAAAGAAGCCAUGGAGAAGAAGAGAUGGUACUUUUAUCUACUUUGAAGAUAAUGCUGGAGUUAUUGUGAACAACAAGGGUGAAAUGAAGGGAUCUGCUGUUGCUGGUCCAGUUGCCAAGGAAUGUGCUGAUAUGUGGCCUCGUAUUGCUUCCUCUUCAUCAUGUGUUGUAUAA